UUUAAUUUUAAGAGAAGUGAAGAGAAGAGAAGAGAGAGAAACACAAUGUAACCCUAGUCCAAUUCACCGCCUCUCUCAAGCUCCUUUCCCCACCGUGACGGACAGGAUUCAAUGAAUCAACUUGCCACCGUCACGAAUUCACCGCCUCUCUCAAGCUCCACCGUCCACCGUCACGAACAGGAUUCAAUGAAUCAACUUGCCACCGUCACGAAUCACGAAAGAAAUCGCUCAAUCUCUCACCGCUUGCGAAGAAAUCAGACGAAUUUAAUUUUGGUUUUUGGCAACAGCUUUGGGUGUUUGUAGUUCCAAAACUACAUCUUGUUUCUUGGACAAGGUCAAGGAUGAUUGAGUUGGUAUCAAAAGGUUUGGCUACAUUAGAGGUAUGGUAGUUGUAGUGUUGUAUUUGCAUACAAUUGUUGUUGUUGUUGCGAUUAACUGCAUACUAGUUAGACGAACUUUGAUUGGAUUGUUUCAGUGGUGGACUUGAUUUUAUUGACUUGUGUGUUUCAGUGGUGGAUUGUUUCAUGAGUGUGGAUCUUAUUCAAAAAACAGUUUUGGAAAUUUGUAUGCUCACAAGAGAUUAUGUCUUUUUUUAUGUUCCCUCUUUCUAUUUACUUUGCAAUUAAUGUUUUCUCUCCUUUGUUAUGAUUGAUGGUCAUCAGCAAAUGGCAUAUAGCAUGAAAUUAUCAGAAUGAUUUUUUUUCUAGGAAUAUGAUUAUUGUAGUGAUCCAUUUUUGAAUGCAUUUACUUCAUUAUUCCACUUUAUGUAACCUCUUUUUUUUGUUGAUUAUGCCUGUUUUUAUUUCCGACCACCUGCAGGGCUGAUGAUUAAAGUGUGUAAAUGAUUAGCUUAUGAAUAAUAUGAUAGCUUUUCAAUACAUGGUUUAUGAUCAUUUUGACAGAAGUCAUUCUCCCCUUCCCAGUUCCCAACACACUUUCCAGUUCAUGUGGCUGUUAAUUGAAUUCACUGUAUAACUAUAAAUUGAUAUACUGUAGUAUUCUAUUACUACCUUCAUUUAAUUUAUCAUUAGUUCUAUUACUGUAGUAUUAUUUCCUAUCAUAUAUUCAUGUGGCUACAGCAGUUACUGAAUUGGGCAAUGGAAAGCCAAAGUUCUAUUCUACUCGCGAUAAUCUCUUUUUGCAUAAAAUGGCGAUUACCAACAAAUCAUGUGUGGUUGUUCUCAACAAGAAAAUCAGCCUCUUCCUUCUUUGCUGCCUAUGAUGCCUAAUGCGAGGAAGGUACUGCAACUUCUGUAUGCAGGGCUCUUGAUGAAAUUGUGGACGUAUCUAUACCAGACAAGGUCAAGGAUGAUUGAGUUGGUAUCAAAAGGUUUGGCUACAUUAGAGAGAAACUAUAGAAAGCAUAUGUGCAUAUCAAUGAAAUUAGUAGCUGCUGUUCUUGGAGACCAUGGACAGCGUCCUCAUGAAGACUAUGCGGUAGUGGCUACAGCAGUUACUGUAUUGGGCAAUGGAAAGUCAAAGUUCUAUUCUACUCGCGAUAAUCUCUUUUUGCAUAAAAUGGCGAUUACCAACAAAUCACGUGUGGUUGUUCUCAACAAGGUGAAUACUUAGUAUUUAAAUAGGCGUUCUUUAUUAUUCAACUUCUAUAAAUGAUAUACUGAAAUUAAUUAGUGUACACUAUAGCCUUUAAAAUAUCGAAAACAGAGCUAAAUGCAUUAUUGAAUAUUUUGUUUU